AUGACGUUACCACGACGGCGUGCGAAUCCUGUAACAAAGAAUUUAUUCCACGCUAGGAAAGCCCACUUUGAAGUGCUUCCAUGGUUCGAAACCCAUCGAUGUUUAGCCCCUGCCAUUCCUACGCCUAUCCGCUGCUGGGGCCGUGGAGCCUAUAAACCCAAUACCAGCAACAUCGAAGCAGAACUUGCAGCGGCCUAUGAUCCCGCUCUUGAUGUCUACCAGGAAAAUGAGGACACGGGCUCCAAAAAUAAAAGUCGUCAUGUUCUUGAUCCUAUAAUCGGAGAGGAAGACUGGGAUACGGCAAUUGAGACUUUACGCGGCCCUGCGCGUGGAAGACAGAAAAGAGAAAAGGGAAAGCAAGCAGCUGGGCUCAGUGAAGAGACCACAGAGCGAUGGAAGAAUAAGUUCGCUUUUGCUGAUGCGGAUGGGGAGCCUCGACCCCAUGAUUUGCGAUGGUCUAAGAAAGGUGAGGAACGAGAGUGGGACUGA